AUGUUCAGGUUGAGGACAGAGGGAGGACAUCAGACUGUCGAUGGAACAAAGUGUGGCAGUGGAGCCUCAGCUCAUCGUGUCCUGAACUCAGAUCAGGCUGGUGAAGCUGAUCGAGAGGACCAGUUGCGGAGCCGACUGAAGGAAUACGGCCUGGUUACUCCCUUCAGCACCGACUCUCACGGACACUUCCUGUCGCACCUGCUUUCGGCCUCUCACAAGCAGCGUGUCAAGAGAGAGGUAUUUUCCUCCGGUGAACCCGAACAGAAACUUUUCUUCAACAUCACCGCCUUCGGGAAAGAGUUCCACCUCCGCCUGCGCCCCAACAACAGGCUGGUGGCCCCGGGCGCGAUGGUGGAGUGGCACGACAACGUUCAAGGAGCCGGGAAUAUCAGCGACAGUGCGGGUGACGAUGCCGAUCCAGGCGCCAACCAUACUGAUCCCGGCAGCACGACGGAGAGGAUACUGCAACGUGAGCUGCUUAAGACCGACUGCACCUUCAUUGGCGACAUCUCAGACGUUCCUGGAGCCUCGGUUGCCAUUAACAACUGCGACGGACUGGCCGGGAUGAUCCGCACAGACUCCGAUGAGUACUUCAUCGAGCCCCUGGAGAGAGGAACUCAGGAGCUGGAGGACCGGGGCAGGGUCCACGUGGUUUACCGCAGAUCGGCCGUGCUGCAGGGGCCCUCCGACAUUUCUGUGGACUACCAACUGCAAGGUAGGACACGCAACCAGACGAAGGGCAGCGGGUUACACGGUGGUAAAUGUGCCACUUUGGCUGCCGUCACUAGUGAGGCAACUUCCUCCUGAAUCGUUUCUGCUACAAGUCUGGAAACAGCAUAAAAAACCAGCUUGUGACUCAUCGUACUCACAGUGUCAGCUCCUGCUGGUGAAGGUUCAGCUUCACUGACCUCUGUCUUCACCUGGUGCAGCAUCCAAGUCGCUCUGACAGGAAAUAAACGCUCGUCUCUCGUGCCAGACAAAGCUCUUGUCGCCUCUGCAGGUUUUCUUCAUGUGAGGGAGCGUGUGGGUGUUAAUACCAGGAUUGGAUGAAUGGUCAACUUCUGCCCGUAAUGAAUGUGGAUGGAAAUCUGUGAAGCUUAAACAUCAUCUGUUCGCACCCCCCCCAC